AUGACCGUCAUCCCUCCCACCCCCGUCCGAUCGGACCCACCUCAGCCCUGGCGGGAGAUUGAUCGCCUCGUGAAGGAAUACUCUCUUCCCCCAGAUGGCCACCACCCCAAUCCCACCGACGCGGUGGUUCUUCUCACCGGAAGCACGGGAAGCCUGGGGUCCCACUGUUUGGCCCACCUGGUCCAGUCCCCCCAGGUGAGGCAGGUCAUCUGUGUCCUGCGAACCGGCCAGGCCGCCAGCCUCUCGGUCGGCAAGCAUGCCUAUCGCGAUCAGCUCCAAGCCAAGCAGAUCCCGCUCUCCGAAGACGAAUGGGCCAAAGUCACGCUCCUCGAAUGCGAUCCCACUGACGCUCGCCUGGGCCUGGGGGACGAGGAGUACACCGCGCUCCAGAACCGUAUCACCCACGUCAUCCAUGCCGCCUGGCCCAUGGACUUCCGUCCGGGGCUGUCCUCGCUCGGUGAUCAAUUUCAAUUUCUGCGCCAUCUGCUACUCCUGGCCUCGUCUGGGGGCCUGCGACGGCGGUUCCUGUUUGUCUCGUCCAUUGCGGCGGUGGCGCAACGAGGCCUGACCCCGGCUCAUGCCGGCGAGUUGAUCGAAGAGGCCUCCAUGUCCCCCACCGAGUCGGCGACGGGACUGGGAUAUGCGGACGGCAAAAUCGUCUGCGAGAAGAUCCUCGAGCGAGCGGCCGCGGCCUAUCGGGACGAGUUGGAGAUCACCAUUGUGCGCGGGGGUCCCAUCGUGGGGUCGCGGGCCACGGGCAUCUGGACCACCAAGGAGGUGGUGCCCAUGAUGCUGCGAUCCUCGUUGAGCCUGGGCAAGCUGCCCCAGCUCCGGGGGACCUUGUCGUGGAUGCCGGUCGAUGACGCCGCGGCCGUCUUCUGCGAGAUCCUCUUUGCGCCCCAUCCGCUGGUGCCGGUGUACCAGGUCGAGAAUCCCGUCCGCCAGCCGUGGGGCGAUCUGCUGGACACCGUCGCCCCGGUGCUGGGCCUGACCACGCGGAUUCCCUUUGAUGAGUGGCUGGCCGCUGUGGUGCAGGCCGCGGAGACCGAGGGCAGCACGCGCGGGUAUCCCGUGCUGAAACUCAAGGGCUUCUUUACCCGGCUGUUCCAACCGGCCGUGUGUGGGCAGGUCAUCCUGGCCACCGAUCGUUCGCGGGCUUGCUCGCCCACCCUGCGUCGGAUGCGAGCGAUCGAGGAUGAGGUGGUGUUGAAGUUUGUCCAGCAUUGGAAGGAUAUUGGAUAUUUCCCGUAG